AACUGGGUCAGGUAUUGUAAGUCUAGAAUAGUAGAAGCAUAUGGCGGUGGUCGUAAGUAAUUUUGUUAACGGGGAGUUUGUUGCAGCGCAGGAUUACAUCGACAGUAUUAACCCUGCAACUGGAGAGCUAUGGGCAAAAAUACCCAAUUCUACUGAAGACGAGGUGAACGUGGCUGUUGCAGCAGCGAAAAAUGCCUUUGAAGGUUGGUCAACUACAACCAUCCAAGAUAGGAGUAAAAUCCUGCAAAAGAUUGCAGACCUGCUUGAAAAAGAACUUAAAGAAUUUGCAGAGGUAGAGUCUAGAGACCAAGGCAAACCUGUCUCGCUGGCCACCAAUAUCGACAUCCCUCGUGCUGUAUACAACUUCCGUUUCUUUGCUACUUCUAUAUUACAUAUCAAGUCAGAUUGCACAUUUCUAGAUGGCGCUGGUGCUGUCAAUUAUGUACAGCAUGUGCCAGUGGGCGUGGCAGGCCUUAUCAGCCCAUGGAACCUGCCGAUGUACCUUGUCACAUGGAAGAUAGCCCCCUGUAUUGCCUUUGGUAACACGUGUGUGGUCAAGCCCAGCGAGAUGACCUCCGUGACAGCUUUCAUGCUGUGUAAAGUUUUCCAAGAUGCAGGUCUUCCUCCUGGUGUAGUAAACAUGGUAUGUGGGACUGGGCCACGAACAGGCGAGGUGAUUAUCCGCCACCCAGAUGUCCCUCUGAUAUCGUUCACUGGAAGCACAGCCGUUGGCCGCCAUAUUCAAGAAGUUACAGCACCAAACACCAAGAAACUGUCGCUUGAGCUAGGAGGAAAAAACGCAGCCAUAAUCUUUGAAGAUUGUGAUUUGGCUAAUUGCAUAACUACCACUCUAAGGUCUUCCUUCACAAACCAAGGAGAAGUCUGCCUUUGUACCAGCCGUAUAUUUGUCCAAGAAGGAAUAUACUCAGAAUUUAUUCAGCGAUUUGUUGAAGCAUCCAGACAGUUGAAGGUUGGCGAUCCCACCACUAAUGUGAACCUGGGAGCUCUGAUAAGCGCCCAGCAUCUGAACAAAGUGAAGUCCUUUGUUGAACUUGCCAGGAAAGAGGGCGCCACCAUACAGUGCGGUCAGGGCGUCGAUCAGCUCAACUUGCCUAACCCCGAGAAUAAAAAUGGGUACUUUUUCCUUCCCACAGUUAUAACAAAUGUUAGUGAUUCUUCGGAGCUGAUGCAGAGCGAGAUUUUUGGACCAGUGGUGUGCAUUGUACCAUUUACCUCUGAACAGGAGGUAAUUAAAAGAGCCAAUAACUGCAGGUAUGGUCUGUGUGCCACAGUGUGGACUAAGGAUUUGGGCAGAGCACAGAGAGUGGCACGCAAAAUGGAGGUGGGCACAGUGUGGACCAACUGUUGGCUAGUGCGGGACCUUAAUAUGCCUUUUGGAGGAAUGAAGGAUUCUGGGAUUGGCCGUGAAAGCGCCACGGACUCUCUGGAAUUUUUCACCGAGAAAAAGACCAUUUGCAUGAUGAUUGGAACCUAAUCUGGUAUUAUUAUUAUAAAAUUAUCAUUAUUAUUAAUAUUGUCUCUUACCUUUAAAUAGGAAGUUAUGGUUAAAGGUAAGCACUGGAGAUAUACAACAGUGUAAUUCCAAUCUCAGUUUUUAGAAAUUAAAAAAAAAAAAAGAACUGAAAAAAAAAAAA